AUGACAUGGCAGAACUUCUUCUUGGGGAAUCCAAACUAGAACAGUUUUUGAAGGAGAAUGCUCUUAAACAGAGUAGUAGCCCCCGGGGUCCCCGGCCAAAGCUGAUUGACGUCAGGAAGCAUCUCACUGCAGCACUUGACAGAGGAAACCUAAAGCCAGAAUUCUUACAAGAAGCUAACCUAAUUAUGGCCAAGUUAAACUACGUGGAAGGUGAUUACAAAGAAGCUCUGAACACGUAUUCCAGAGUUGGAGUAGAUGACUUGCAGCUAGCUGCAGUGCCACCCUACAGGUUAAGGAUGAUUGCUGAAGCAUAUUCUACUAAAGGUCUCUGUCUUGAGAAGUUGCCAAUUUCUUCUUCAGCCAGCAACCUCCAUGUGGACCGUGAACAAGAAAUUGUUACCUGCUAUGAGAAAGCUGGGGAUAUUGCUCUCUUGUACCUUCAGGAGAUAGAAAGGUUGAUUAAUACCAAUAUACAAAACAGGAGCCCUAAGCCAGGGCCUGCUGCACAGGAACAAGAACUUGGCUUUUUCUUGGAAACAGGACUUCAAAGAGCACACGUUCUGUAUUUCAAGAAUGGGAACUUGACGAGAGGAGUUGGUAGAUUUAGAGAGAUACUAAGAGCUAUUGAAACAAGAACUACACAAAAUCUGCGAAUGACGAUAGCAAGACAAUUAGCUGAAAUUUUGUUACGAGGCAUGUGUGAACAGAGUUAUUGGAAUCCACUGGAAGACCCACCUCACCAGUCACCCCUAGAUGAUCCACUUCGAAAAGGUUCAAAUACAAAGAAUUAUGCGCUCAGUAGAAGACCGCGGGUAUACACUGGAGAAAACAUCUUUUGUCCUCAAGAAAAUACAGAAGAAGCCUUACUAUUGCUGCUUAUUAGUGAAUCUAUGGCUAACCGUGAUGCUGUACUGAGCAGAAUACCAGAACACAAAAAUGAUCGUAUCAUCAGUUUGCAAAGUGCAUCUGUAGUCUAUGAUUUGCUUACUAUAGCCUUGGGAAGAAGAGGCCAAUAUGAAAUGCUAUCAGAGUGUUUGGAAAGAGCCAUGAAGUUUGCAUUUGAAGAAUUCCAUCUUUGGUAUCAGUUUGCAUUGUCCUUGAUGGCAGCAGGAAAAUCUGCUCGCGCAGUUAAGGUCUUGAAGGAAUGUAUCCGUUUGAAACCAGAUGAUGCAACUAUUCCACUCCUUGCUGCAAAGCUCUGUAUGGGAUCUCUGCACUGGUUGGAAGAAGCAGAAAGAUUUGCCAAAACUGUUGUUGAUCUUGGGGACAAAACAUCAGAGUUCAAAGCAAAAGGCUACUUAGCACUGGGACUGACUUACAGCCUGCAGGCUACCGAUGCAUCUUUGCGAGGGAUGCAAGAGAUCUUGCAGAGAAAGGCUCUUCUUGCAUUUCAGAGGGCUCACAGUUUGUCUCCAACAGAUCAUCUGGCAGCGUUUUACUUGGCAUUGCAGCUUGCCAUAUCCAGACAGAUACCAGAAGCUUUGGGUUAUGUUCGUCAGGCUCUGCAGCUACAAGGAGAUGAUGCCAACUCUCUUCAUCUCCUUGCACUCUUGCUAUCAGCACAGAAACACUAUCAUGAUGCUUUGAAUAUCAUUGAUAUGGCCUUGAGUGAAUAUCCAGAAAAUUUUAUAUUACUGUUUACAAAAGUCAAAUUGGAAUCUCUGUGCCGAGGCCCAGAUGAAGCACUCCUUACAUGUAAACACAUGCUUCAGAUUUGGAAAUCCUGCUAUAAUCUCACUAACCCAAGUGAUUCUGGACGUGGGAGCAGCCUGUUAGACAGAGCUAUUGCUGAUAGACGACAGCUUAAUACAAUUACCUUACCAGAUUUCAGUGAUCCUGAAACAGGUUCAGUCCACGCCACAUCAAUAGCAGCCUCCAGAGUGGAGCAAGCGUUGUCUGAGGUUGCUUCGUCUUUGCAAAGCAGUGCCCCCAAGCAAGGUCCCUUGCAUCCUUGGAUGACUCUGGCUCAAAUUUGGCUUCAUGCAGCUGAAGUCUACAUAGGAAUUGGGAAGCCAGCUGAGGCCACAGCGUGUACCCAGGAAGCAGCUAAUCUCUUUCCGAUGUCACACAACGUUCUCUACAUGAGAGGUCAGGUGGCUGAACUUCGUGGAAGUAUCGAUGAAGCCAAGCGCUGGUAUGAAGAGGCCUUAUCUAUUAGUCCUACCCAUGUGAAAAGCAUGCAGAGGCUGGCUCUGAUACUUCACCAGUUAGGGCGCUACAGCUUGGCUGAGAAGAUACUCCGUGAUGCCGUCCAGGUGAACUCCACAGCCCACGAGGUCUGGAACGGGCUAGGGGAGGUGCUGCAGGCUCAAGGCAAUGACGAUGCUGCAACUGAAUGCUUCCUGACAGCGCUGGAGCUGGAAGCGAGCAGUCCAGUAGUCCCUUUCACCAUCAUUCCUAGAGUCCUUUGAGAGAGGGUAUCUCGAUAAAUUUAUCUUGGUCUGACCUACGGGUGAGGAAACCCAGUGUAUCAGACUGGCUGGUAACUGGUUAGUUUGAAAAAAUUUAGAGUUGCAGGUAGCAAACUCCAGUUUCUUGCAGGAAAAGUGGCCAAAACAGUGACGUGCUGCAAUAUAUUAAUUUUAGACUGUGAGGACAAAAUGGCUAACCAGAACCAAAUCACUCAUAUCGCCUACACUUUUGCCCUGGUAGUUUUAAAACAUUGUUAUAUUGUUCAUGGAUGAUGUGCCAUAUUUUGUUAGUGAUAUUUGAGUGUUGCAUAAAAUUAUAAUGAAAUCAACUACCAAACGUAGAAUAAUAUAUUCAAGUUAAAAUUCAGUGGCAGAGCAGACUAUUUUUAACAAGGCUGUUAUGAAAACUGUUCUCUUCCUGCCUCUCAACCUCUUUUGGCCCAAAGUCAAAAUGUGAAUUUUUGCUUUCCAUCUCCGUUUUAGUCCAGGCCAGAAAAUCAGUUGAGUUCUUCUUUUUAGUUGUUAAUAACUAUGAUGUGUGGCUAACUGUUAUCUCUAUUUAGAACAAAGGCUGAGUACAAGAAUAUUUAUAUUUUACCAAUGUAUGCCAGUUACAAAAAUAUAUUAGUUAUUUAAGUUUAACUUUUUUAUGUGAAUUCAGAGUUUAUUUAUCAAUGGAAAUAUGUAAAAAGAAGCCUCAAAUGGAAUAUUUACCGACAUUCCUUAUACAUGACCCACACUUGGCUAAAUGGGAAGAUUAUGUUAAUAAUAAAAUGAUUUUUAAAUGGAA